AUGAGGGGAGUUCCCAACCGUUAUGAUGACGACUUUGAGUGUCUGCCGUGUGCUCAGGGUUGUGACGUAUGUACUGACCCUUCACCUUGUGUGCUGGCGCUUAACUGGAUACUGCGCUCUAUUCUCCUGGCUUUGUCGGGUCUCAUUGUGUCGUUUCUGCUCGUGUUGGUCUGGUUUACGGUGCACUAUAGGAAUGUUAAGGUUCUGAAAGCUGCUAGCCCUGUACUAAUGAGAGUUGUCCUCUUUGGAGCGUUUUUCCUCUACUGCCCUUCUAUCGUGGGCUACUUUGAGGCUAGCACCGUUACAUGCUGUAUGAAGCUGUGGUUUAGAGAGAUCGGAUUCUCCAUCUCUUACGGGGCGCUUCUUCUCAAAACGUGGAGAAUCUCCGUGGUGUUCCGAGUAAGGUCCGCUCAGCGUAUCAAGAUAUCUGACGGUGACCUCAUCAAGCGACUGCUGGUCAUUGUGUUCAUUUUUGCAGCCUACCUCACGGCCAGGACAGUUGCAGGCAUGCCUAGGAUUGUGGAAGUGAAGAUAGAGAUAUUUUUACGAGACCCGUUCCCAACCAACCCCGACCUGGUGUACUUAGUGCUGUUUAUUCACACCCAACUCACCACAACCGUCACACUGGCUUUUCUCUUUGGGAGCAAAGCGUACCUUGUGUACAAGUACCACGGUAAGGGCGCCGAACAGACCAACUCCACCACGCUUAGCCGGAGCUCUAAGUACAUCAUGGGGCCACGCCCACCUAGCAUGACGUCAACAGCAGUUACCAAGAAUGGAUAUGAGGAGAGGGAGGAGGAGGGAGAGGGGGAGUGUGAGAGCUUCCUAGAGAAAGACAUACAGGAGGAAUUUCGGCGUCUGUACACGCAGCUGGAGCUUCUCAAACAGCGCAACAUGAAGCUGGGCAACAGACACCUACAGGUCAAACUGUCUGCUAUGACAGAAGCGGCUCAGAAGGAUGAGGGCUCGCCCGGUGAGGUGAUGAUGGAUUCGAGCCCCUCCUCCCCAAACAUCAAUGGAGGACGGCGCAUUGUCAUCAACCUGGACGACUAUCAUGUGUCUACAGACGUCUAGUUUGUUUCUUGUGUCCUGCUUAAGUAGUGUGUGUGUGUGUGUGUGUGUGUGUGUGUGUGUGUGUGUGUGUGUGUGUGUGUGUGUUUGUGUGUGUAUGUGUCUGUUUCUUCAAUGGUUGUUUGCUUAAAUGUUUAAGAAGUUUGUGUUUGUGUGUGUGUUUGAAUGUAUGUCCGUGUGUGUGUGUGUGUGUGUGUUU